UCUCUUCAUCUCUUCCCUCGCGCUCUCUCUCUUCUUUCCCUCGGCCGCGCGGCCGCGCCGCGGGGGUUCUAGAAGGUUCCGGAAGGUGUGGAGUCUCGGUGCCCUCGUCGCUCGCCUCCUUCCUCCAGGCGUCCGCCGCCGCCGGCAUACUUGAGGUGUUCGCCUAAAUAAUUAGGAGAAAUAGAAUGGAUUCUUCCGCCGGUGAUCCUGGCGAUGGCGUUCCGUCCAAAAGGGCGAGGACGGAGAGGGAUCCCUACAGAGUCGAGACGAUGGAAUUUUUGGUACUUGUCAAGUCAGAGCUUCCUGACGACGUAUACAGCCAUUUCGUCCGAUCUAUGAUCAAGAUAAGGAGGCAGAGGAACAUGUCGAUUGAAAAAUGCAAAGAAAUUAUUCUCGAGAUAUUGGACGGCCAACCUGAAGCCAUACAGGUCUUCGAGCACUUCAUCCAAGGAUAUAGCCCUUGCAGAGCAAAGAUGCGUAGCAAGGCACACAAUUUCGUUGAGAGAGUGAAGGCAUGUCCUGAUAUCAGCCGCGAAGAUUUCCAUGCUUUGCUGAACGUUCUUGCUAAAUAUUAUAAGAACGAAAUCAAGACCAGCGAAGAAGUUCUCGAAAAGGUUGAGAGAAUCAUAGGUAACUAUCCCGAGUUCCUAGAAGAGUUCAAAAUUUUUGUGCCUCACCACCUAAGGGCUCAUCUGCCAAAUGAGAAAUCUUGCACAAGUCCAAAGAGUAGUCGAGUCAGCGAGACGUUUGUGAGUUUUACUCUAGAUGCUAUGAAUAAAUUGGAUGGUCUCCGAGUAAAAGCAACCAAUGGAAGAAACCAAGCGACUCCAUUGAAGUAUACUCAGGACCAAAACCAAAACCAUGAAGGCAGAGGUUAUAGUUUGAGGCAUAAACAAACUAAGAGAACCACUGGCCUGAUUGAAAAUCCUAGAAAGCAAGGUGAUGACAAAUCACCUCAUGCAGAAGAUGAUGAGGAACACAAGGCUGAACCUUUGCUUCAGUGGAGUACCUCACGAGAAAACGAAUUACCCCUAAAAGUGGAUCCUAGUAAUUGCAAGCAUUGCACUCCUAGCUAUUGCCUGCUACCAAAGAAUUGUGUGACUCUCCAGUCAAGCUACCAAACUGAACUUGGAAGGUCUAUUUUAAAUGAUUCUUUGGUUUCUGUUACAUCUGGACGUGAGGAUUGCUACAAGUUCAGAACUAAAAAUCAAUAUGAAGAAAACAUGUUUAAGUGUGAAGAUGACUUGUUUGAGAGUGACAUGCUAUUGCAGAGGUUUAGAGCAACUGCUGACUUUAUUGAGGAUCUUCAAUAUCGGUUUGGCAGCAAUGUGAAAAUUCAAGAACACCUAACUCCUCUACAUAAGAGGUGCAUUGAACAGCUAUAUGAUGAUUCUGGCAUUGACAUGCUUGAUGCUUUGUCAGAAUCUGAGAACACCAGUUCUGCUCUUGCUGUUAUACUUUCUCGUCUAAAUCAGAAGAUAGGAGAUUUCUCCGAGGCACGAUUAUCCUUGAAUAAAAUGUGCCCAGAUACUGUUGCCAAUAAUUACUACAGAUCACUUGAUCAUUGUAGUCCCUCCUUCAAACAACUAGACAUGGAAAGGAUGAGCCCAAAAGCUUUGCUGGCAGAAGACAAACAAAUCAGUCGGAUCAAAUCUCAUACUGAUAUUCACAUUCAUGAGGACGUAGGCGUUAUCAUUAACUAUGCAUAUAGUAGAAGUUGUUCUACUGAAGAUAAGCCAAUGAUGAAUUGGACAAAGUUAGUAAAGGCAUUUGUUUCUGUGAAGUUUCAAUGGCCAGACUUGAAGGAUACAGUUUCUCGCAGAAACGUUUGUGAACAUUGUGGGAUGAGCAGAGAUUUUCUCAAUAAUAUUCCUGUUGCUGUGCUUACUAAUGAGUUUGUUUUUUCUUCAAAGGAAGUGGAAAGUCUAAGAGCCAAGUCCAAUGAGUCUACUUCUUCGCUUGAUCAUUUUGACGCGGAGGUUGAGGAGGGUGAGUUCAUACCAGAUGUAGAAAAUAUACAGUUGCGUGUUCGAUGUUUGCCUACCAAUAAUUCUAUGCAUAGUACCUAUGGACAUUGGAGUGGAUCUGAAGAGCAUAAAUCAUCAAGAGAUGACUCCAACAAUGAGGUUGGAAGUUCAGAAUAUUUUGGAAGAACAUCUAAAGAAUGUGAUGCAAACAGAGGAAUAUCUUGUUGCACUCUGGCUGUGCUCUGCCGGCUUCUCCAGGUUAUGUACGAGAGACUACUAGUAGCUAAGAAUCUUUCAGAAGGAGCAAGCACCCAUGAUUCAUAUGCACAUUUCAAGGAGAAACUCUGCAGCCUGAUUGAUGGGUCUACUGACAAUUGGAACUUUGAGCAGCACUGCUUGAAAUUUCUUGGGCCCAACUCCUACGUACUAUUUACUUUGGAUAAGCUUAUCGAUCGUGUUAUCAAGCAGAUUUGCAAGAUAUAUCCAAGCCGUGAAGACAGCUCUGUCCUUCAGCGGCAAGAGAGGUCAAGAAGAACAUUUAACAUUUUGAAAGACCCAGCUUUGCCGGCAAGAAGAACAAACUCGUCCAAAGAGCUGUUGCAUCAUCAAAAUGCAAGAGGCACAUCAAUUGAGUUGCCGAAGCAAGGUCGUGAGGAAGCAAAAGGAGGUUGUGAGUCCCAUGGUGACACUGGAAAAAUGAAACAGAACCAUUUUCAGAGAAGGAAAAAACGCGCUUUGGAGAACGGUCCACCGAGUUUUUCUCAGCCUGGCUCAGGGAAUCAAGCUCAUAAUUGAACAUGUAGUUAUAUGCAGCCCUGCAGAAGGCUAUAGAUUUGCAAGGAUCUUUCAACACAAAAUGUGCACGGCACAACAGCUAUUUGAGGAUAUCUGGAGGGAAGCAGAAAUUUUCAUGGAGAAGCAGGACACAGCAUAACCAGCCCUAGGGAGAGGUUCUGCCUAGGCAGAGAGCUCUGCAACCUCCCGCUCUCCUGUAGUAACUCUCUAUCUUCUCAACCUGGGUAGCGGACUUGGCCAAAGCCCUGUAAAUUGAUCCUUUUGGGCUAGUUCUCCAAACCCUGUAACUUUGUAAAUCUGUACAUACACCCCCCCCCCCCCCCCUCUAUAGAUCUAGUGAAUGUACAUGGCGUGAUGUAUUGUGACACAUAAAUUAUUUCAGAAAAAUAAAAAGCAGAUGCCUCUAAGUUUUCAUA